AUGCCGGUCCAGUUACAAAAGAAGAAGAAGUUCGGGGGAGACGAGAAUCUAGAAAAAGUUAAGUCCGUAGAGCUGGUGAGGAGAACGGAUCAGCGAGGGGGAGAGAGGCAGACAGCAAGGUGGAGGAAAGCAGACUAUUCGUGGGGGAACAGUAGAACGCACCUUUGUGUCUUUGAGAUAGAGAUCUGGAAAGAAGCCGGGGGCGGAUUGAGAGUCGAGGUCGAAAACAAGAACGCUAGACGAUCCAGAGUCGAGAUCAGAAGAUCGAAAGGAUCGAGAGUUCCUGGCAGGAAAGCUUCCAGAGAGGUCAGAUUUGACCCGACUAUCUCCAGUUAUCCCAAGAUUCCCCCAAACCUGGAGUUUGAUGGUGCAUUUCCGGGACGGUGCGUGGCCAUAACAUCCCCAGACAAACCUACGACGGGCUACUGCCACGCCGAGACCGUCACUGGUGGUUUGGCCGCAAACGCUUUGGUUUCUCUCGACGUCUUCCACUCCCCUGCCUUCUCUUUCCUUCGUAUACCAUUGCAGAAAGACAGUGACCUCCAUCCGUACCGUACCCCAACCUCCACGCCGCAGCCUGAGGCACGUAUCCCAUCGCAGCUUUACUCAACAUCAACACAACAAUACAAUCCUCGAUCUGCAACAAUCCGAUUUGCUUGCAGUGCUGGAGACAGACAUGUUUGCGCGGCCUUCGGCUUCUCAUACCACCUUCCAUCCGGGAUCUACAUGGAUGAUGCCUGUGGUUUGGUUCUAUUCCCAAUUCAGGUGGACUGCAGUUGCGCGAACACAUACUCUGUAGGGGUAGAGCCGUUGCGCAUUCCAGACGAACGCGAACAAUCUCCCGCAGUUUACCAUUCCUCCAGACAGAAUGCUGAUCUGUCAACUGCCAUUCACGGCGCUCUCACAGAGCAAGGAUAUAAUUUCCAAAAGGUAGCAGCCCUGCGCAAUGCUUUUAAGUCAAGGCCAACGAAGGAGCUUCAGAUCCAUGCAUCUAUGCAUUGCCUAACUGCCAUCGAUUACCCUUGA